AUGACCGAUCAGCCGCAGCGGCUGAGCAUCGACAAUCUCCGGCGAACGACCAAUCUAAUCAGACAAGCCACCGCCUCCUUCUCGUCAAAUCUCUUCACAUUUCUCUUCCUCUCUCUCCUACUCUUCUCCUUCCGAGCCCUCGUCGAGAAUGGCACCCACCUUCUCACCUCCUUCAUCGAUCGUGACCCUUCCCUCAAAUCUCUCCUCUCUCGCCUUGACCUCGCCGGCCACCACCUCCACCACCAGGAUCCCAACACCAUUCACAACCACAAUCCUCGCUUCCAUCGACGACCCCACCACCGCCGUCCCUUCCUCCACCUCACCCGUGUCGGAACCCUAGAUGACGACUUCUUCUCCGGGGACGACGACUCCGAUCGAUCGCUCUUCGGCCCGAAUCGCAAGAUUCCCCCAAAUGCCAGCUCCGUAAUUCUCAACAACUUCCAGCUAGGGUUCGGGUUCUCCCAAUUCGUCGUCGAUAACGGAAUCAGGGUUCCGGAAAUUGUUCGCUCCGGGGUUCAAUUCAAGGCCGACAGCCUGCGGUUUGACGAUAGUAGAGCAGAAGAGAUCGAUUACGACGACAAUGGGAACCAUCAACCGGAGGAUGAAAAUGGGUCGUCGAUGGGUUUGCAGAAAGGUCGCGACUUGGACGGGGUUGUCGAUUUCCACUUCUUUGUGAAGGGGUUCGAGCUCGGCCGCCAAGAUGCGGCGGCGCUAUUCUACCUAAUAAGUUUCUUGUCUGCAGCUUAUGGGUGGGUGAUCCUCGGGUUCACGGCAAUGUAUUCAUGGAUAUUAGGGAUUGUGUUUGUUGCCGUGGUGAAUGACCUGUUAGAGAGGUUCAGUUCAUUUGUUGGUAUCUUGUGGGAUGGGUCGAGAUUAGGGCUCAAGAGACUUACAGGCUUCAUUCUUAUGAGAUGGGCAGUUAGGGAUGCUUUGACUCAGCUUGUGGGAUUGUGGUACUUUGGAGAAAUUGAGGAUCAGUACUCUUUUUUCAAGCUUUUUGUGAGGCUAAAGCUGAUGCCUUUCUCAGUUAUGUCUCCAUGGAUUGGUGGGUACGAGAAGGAGAUAUCAGGGUUCUUGUUUACCUGGUUUCUGUUGGAUACUCUGGUGGGGUUAGUAUUUGCUGUGGAUGCUUGGGUUACAAUUGUUGAUUCCAGGAGGACUGGUAGGGAGAUAGUGAAGGAAGGUUGUUACAUGAUAUCAACAAUGUUUCACCAAGCUGUUCAGUUGAAGUGUAUGGAAGCUAUACUCUGCGGAUCUGCGACAAGAUGGGUCUUAGCCCGGGUAUUGGGGAAGUACUUGGCUGCAAUGCUACAAUCGGUUGUGGAGGUUUACUUCAUGGUGGCUUGGCUGAUAUUUUACUUUGCAGCGAGGUGCAAGGAAGCUAACUCUGAAGGAAGAAGGUUUGGGAGGAGAGAAUUGGAAGGGCUAAUUGAUGGCCUAAGAUGA